AGGCAUUUCUUGCUGAGAGAUAUGUAUGAUGAUAUGAUGCUGGAUGGAGUACAGCCAACUAGGGAUACAUUCCAUUCUGUCAUCAGUUAGUGGAAAGGUGGAUAAGCAAAAUGCUCAUUUCUUUGGUGUUACGAUCAACGAGCAACAAGCCGAGUGUGGUAUUGUAGUAAGAGUUACUUCAAAUGCACAAAGCAAAUUUAAGUUACUUUAUUUCGAGCAAGAUGUGAAUGGCGGUUAUGGUUUGGCCCUACAGGUACCAUAUCUUCUUUUCUAUUGUGUCUCCAAUCCAUUUUCCAUUUUAUAGUGCAUAUGAUUUUUGCAUUCUGAAAGCUGUCAUGGUUGUUUAAAAAAUUUGAAGCAUAGAUGGAGUCAACAGUGACAAUGAUCAUAUACAAUUGGUAGAAAUGUUUUGUAAUACUCUUGUCAUGUUAAACUUUCUGCUGUUAUAUCCUUCAAUUUCUAAAUACUAUGCGUCUCUAAUUUAUUUUCAAAGCAUAAAAUUGUGGCUGUGAAAUUGUGAUUUUGAAUAUCACACAUGGGUAGAACUUAAAAUUAGUAACCUACCUGUGAAUGUGAAAAUGAUGCUCAACUUGUCUUUUCAAGUGAAUGCUUCUUCAUCCAGCUUCC